CACCACCGUGCACCGUUUUACGUUACACCCCCCCUACCAUGUUCUGAGAUUUAUACGAUUGAAUAGUAAACUGGAAGUCUGGCACGUUACUAGGAAAAACAUCAAAGCAGGUGUCUUCAAAGUGCUCGUAGACUCAAGUAUGUCAGGGGGAAUCUCUGCUAGCAUAGCCACCAGCAGGCUACGAGCCGAGGGAAUGGGCUCCAACGACCACGCCGUACCCUUCCUUAACCAGGACUAUGAGGCUCUGAGGCAGGAGUGUCUGGAGACGGGGUGUCUGUUUCAGGACCCCUCCUUCCUCGCCGAGCCUCCCUCUCUGGGCUUCAAGGAACUGGCCCCCUUCUCCGCCAAGACCAGGGACGUGCAAUGGAUGAGGCCCACGGAGCUGACAGAUGACCCUCAGUUCAUCCUGGGAGGAGCUACCAGAACAGAUAUCUGCCAGGGAGCGCUAGGUGAUUGCUGGCUCCUAGCAGCCAUAGCCUCUCUAACCCUCAAUGAGAGGCUGCUCCACCGAGUGGUCCCUCAUGGUCAGUCCUUCCAAGAGGACUACGCUGGGAUCUUCCACUUUCAGUUCUGGCAGUUUGGUGAGUGGGUGGACGUGGUGAUUGAUGACCGGCUGCCGACGAAGGAUGGAGAGCUCAUGUUUGUCCACUCAGCCGAGGGCAAUGAGUUCUGGAGCGCCCUGCUGGAGAAGGCCUACUCCAAGCUCAAUGGUUCCUACGAGGCUCUGUCUGGAGGCAGUACCACAGAAGGUUUUGAGGACUUCACCGGUGGUGUCUCUGAGAUGUACGAUCUCCGGAAGGCUCCACGGGACCUGUACAGGAUCAUCAGCAAAGCCCUGGACAGAGGCUCACUGCUGGGCUGCUCCAUCGACAUAACCAGUGCCUUUGACAUGGAGUCUGUGACGUUCAAGAAGCUGGUGAAAGGACACGCUUACUCAGUCACCGGCCUCAAGCAGGUGGACUACCGGGGUCAGGUGGAGAGGCUGAUCAGGGUGAGGAACCCCUGGGGACAGGUGGAGUGGACUGGGGCCUGGAGCGACAAUUCUCCAGAAUGGGAUGAGUUGGAUCCAACUGAGAGAGAGGACCUGCAUCUACAGAUGGAGGAUGGAGAGUUUUGGAUGUCGUUCCGGGAGUUCCUGAGGCAGUAUUCCCGUCUGGAGAUCUGUAACCUGACGGCGGACGCUCUGAGUGAGGACGGCCUCAGCCACUGGAACACCAUCAAGUUCCACGGCAUGUGGAGACGGGGGAGUACCGCCGGGGGCUGCCGCAACCAACCCAACACGUUCUGGAUCAACCCCCAGUAUAAGAUCACUCUGCUCGAGGAGGAUGACGACCCUGAGGAUGACGAGGUGGCUUGUAGCUUCCUGGUGGCUCUGAUGCAGAAGGACAGGAGGAGGUACCGGGGACAGGGACAGGACAUGCACACCAUCGGGUUCGCCAUCUACGAGAUUCCAGAAGAGUACAGGGGCUGUCAGAACGUGCACCUGAAGAAAGACUUCUUCCUGACCCACUCAUCCUGCGCUCGCUCUGAGACCUUCAUCAACCUGAGAGAGGUCAGCAACCGUCUCCGUCUGCCUCCGGGAGAAUAUCUCAUCGUCCCCUCCACCUUCGAGUCUGGCCAGGAGGCCGACUUUGUCCUGAGAGUCUUCACUGAGAAACAGUCCGAGACUGAAGAGCUAGAUGAUAUAAUAUCUGCAGACUUGGAAGAUGAGGACCAAGUCGGUGAAGAGGACGUUGACGACGCUUUCAAAUCCAUGUUUGCUCAGCUUGCAGGAGAGGACAUGGAGAUAUCUGUCCGUGAGCUCAGGACCAUCCUGAACAGGGUGGUGACUAGACAUAAAGACCUGAAGACAGACGGUUUCAGUAUGGAGUCCUGUAGGACCAUGGUCAACCUCAUGGAUAAAGAUGGCAGUGCCCGUCUAGGCCUGAUAGAGUUCCAGCUCCUCUGGAAUAAGAUUAGGAAGUGGCUGGUCAUCUAUAGAGAAUAUGACAUGGACAAGUCAGGGUCCAUGAGCUCCUAUGAGAUGCGACUUGCUGUGGAGUCUGCAGGUUUUAAACUGAACAACAGACUGAAUCAGGUCCUAGUGGCUCGCUAUGCUGAGAACGAGGCCAUAGACUUUGACAACUUCAUCUGCUGUCUGGUCAAACUGGAAGCCAUGUUUAGUAAGUACUGUACAGUUCCUGUUUGUACUGUUAUACGGUAUAUUAUACAUUUACAUUUACAUUUAAGUCAUUUAGCAGACGCUCUUAUCCAGAGCGACUUACAAAUUGGUGCAUUCACCUUAUGACAUCCAGUGGAACAGCCACUUUACAAUAGUGCAUCUAAAUCUUUUAAGGGGGGGGGGGUCAGAAGGAUUACUUUAUCCUAUCCUAGGUAUUCCUUAAAGAGGUGGGGUUUCAGGUGUCUCCGGAAGGUGGUGAUUGAUUCCACUGUCCUGGCGUCGUGAGGGAGUUUGUUCCACCAUUGGGGUGCCAGAGCAGCGAACAGUUUUGACUGGGCUGAGCGGGAACUGUACUUCCUCAGUGGUAGGGAGGCGAGCAGGCCAGAGGUGGAUGAACGCAGUGCCCUUGUUUGGGUGUAGGGCCUGAUCAGAGCCUGAAGGUACUGAGGUGCCGUUCCCCUCACAGCUCCGUAGGCAAGCACCAUGGUCUUGUAGCGGAUGCGAGCUUCAACUGGAAGCCAGUGGAGAGAGCGGAGGAGCGGGGUGACGUGAAAGAACUUGGGAAGGUUGAACACCAGACGGGCUGCGGCGUUCUGGAUGAGGUGUAGGGGUUUAAUGGCACAGGCAGGGAGCCCAGCCAACAGCGAGUUGCAGUAAUCCAGACGAGAGAUGACAAGUGCCUGGAUUAGGACCUGCGCCGCUUCCUGUGUGAGGCAGGGUCGUACUCUGCGGAUGUUGUAGAGCAUGAACCUACAGGAACGGGCCACCGCCUUGAUGUUAGUUGAGAACGACAGGGUGUUGUCCAGGAUCACGCCAAGGUUCUUAGCGCUCUGGGAGGAGGACACAAUGGAGUUGUCAACCGUGAUGGCGAGAUCAUGGAACGGGCAGUCCUUCCCCGGGAGGAAGAGCAGCUCCGUCUUGCCGAGGUUCAGCUUGAGGUGGUGAUCCGUCAUCCACACUGAUAUGUCUGCCAGACAUGCAGAGAUGCGAUUCGCCACCUGGUCAUCAGAAGGGGGAAAGGAGAAGAUUAAUUGUGUGUCGUCUGCAUAGCAAUGAUAGGAGAGACCAUGUGAGGUUAUGACAGAGCCAAGUGACUUGGUGUAUAACGAGAAUAGGAGAGGGCCUAGAACAGAGCCCUGGGGGACACCAGUGGUGAGAGCGCGUGGUGAGGAGACAGAUUCUCGCCACGCCACCUGGUAGGAGCGACCUGUCAGGUAGGACGCAAUCCAAGCGUGGGCCGCGCCGGAGAUGCCCAACUCGGAGAGGGCGGAGAGGAGGAUCUGAUGGUUCACAGUAUCGAAGGCAGCCGAUAGGUCUAGAAGGAUGAGAGCAGAGGAGAGAGAGUUAGCUUUAGCAGUGCGGAGCGCCUCCGUGAUACAGAGAAGAGCAGUCUCAGUUGAAUGACUAGUCUUGAAACCUGACUGAUUUGGAUCAAGAAGGUCAUUCUGAGAGAGAUAGCAGGAGAGCUGGCCAAGGACGGCACGUUCAAGAGUUUUGGAGAGAAAAGAAAGAAGGGAUACUGGUCUGUAGUUGUUGACAUCGGAGGGAUCGAGUGUAGGUUUUUUCAGAAGGGGUGCAACUCUCGCUCUCUUGAAGACGGAAGGGACGUAGCCAGCGGUCAAGGAUGAGUUGAUGAGCGAGGUGAGGUAAGGGAGAAGGUCUCCGGAAAUGGUCUGGAGAAGAGAGGAGGGGAUAGGGUCAAGCGGGCAGGUUGUUGGGCGGCCGGCCGUCACAAGACGCAAGAUUUCAUCUGGAGAGAGAGGGGAGAAAGAGGUCAGAGCACAGGGUAGGGCAGUGUGAGCAGAACCAGCGGUGUCGUUUGACUUAGCAAACGAGGAUCGGAUGUCGUCGACCUUCUUUUCAAAAUGGUUGACGAAGUCAUCUGCAGAGAGGGAGGAGGGGGGGGGGGGAGGAUUCAGGAGGGAGGAGAAGGUGGCAAAGAGCUUCCUAGGGUUAGAGGCAGAUGCUUGGAAUUUAGAGAGGUAGAAAGUGGCUUUAGCAGCAGAGACAGAAGAGGAAAAUGUAGAGAGGAGGGAGUGAAAGGAUGCCAGGUCCGCAGGGAGGCGAGUUUUCCUCCAUUUCCGCUCGGCUGCCCGGAGCCCUGUUCUGUGAGCUCGCAAUGAGUCGUCGAGCCACGGAGCAGGAGGGGAGGACCGAGCCGGCCUGGAGGAUAGGGGACAUAGAGAGUCAAAGGAUGCAGAAAGGGAGGAGAGGAGGGUUGAGGAGGCAGAAUCAGGAGAUAGGUUGGAGAAGGUUUGAGCAGAGGGAAGAGAUGAUAGGAUGGAAGAGGAGAGAGUAGCGGGGGAGAGAGAGCGAAGGUUGGGACGGCGCGAUACCAUCCGAGUAGGGGCAGUGUGGGAGGUGUUGGAUGAGAGCGAGAGGGAAAAGGAUACAAG